AUGCGUGUGAGCUACGUCCUCUUGGUGGCAGUAGCCACCCUCCUCAUCACCUGCGACGUUGUGUCAGCGCAGCCGAGCACAUUGUCCCUACCAGCUUCCGACGGCGCGAUGAUCGAAGACACCAACAACCAGCCGCUGCGAUUGCUAGAGAUAACGACAGCCGACGACGGUGAAGAGAGGAUGGCCGAAGCGAGGCUGAUGGACUCGGAGAUCCUCGAAAAAAUUGUCAACGAUCACGCGUACGCCAAGCAGGUCUUCCGCAGCUGGCUACAGAACGGCCAAACCAAGGAAGACAUCGAGAACCGACUGAAGACGCUGGGUCUGCUGACCAAGUAUGGCAAUGUCGUCAAACAGUACGCUCAGUACUUGACGGUUCUCGAAGAGAGAUCUGCAUAG